AGCGAGAGCAACAUUGCUCCAUGUUCCGGAGUAGGAAAAGUGAAAAAAUAGCAUUAAAGAUGAAAAGUUUCAUCUUGACGAAUUUUACGCCGUUUUAAAGUUACAAUUUUUGCUGGGAAAAGUUUGACUUUAAUGAUUGAAAAGUUUUCCAAAACAGAAUGUGGCCGGAGCCGGAUUGGGAAUGGAUAAAUUCGAGCGUGUUUCAGUAUUUGAAAUGGUGGAACUGCUGCGGUGAAAAUUAAUUUCGAGUAAAAGUUGGAAUUUUUCCUCCCAAAAUCCAGGAGUGGGCUCCAUCGUUGUUGGAUCGACGUCGAUGUCGCGGGGCUGGUAUUCAGCCUCCCAAAUUUUUUCUCGCUAUAUCCUAUUCGCAAGGAUGAUAAAAGUUAGACAUUUUAUUUGAUUGCGAUGUGAAAGUAAGUGAGAGUGAAAUGAUGGAACUCCGCAGCAAGGAUACCCUGCACGGUUUGGGAAGAUGAAAGAACAAGCGCCCUCACAGGCGUGAAGAAUAGUGAUACGGUUCGGGUUAAAUUUACAGCUAAAUCAUCGUGCUAAGCAAGUUAAAAUUCAAGGGAAUGCGGGAUACGAUGUCAAAAGUGUUGGACAGUGACACAGAAUCGGAGAUACCAGCUAGUGUACACAGUAAUAACAACAGCGAACCAAACACGGAUAAUGAGGAAAAACCGGAAGUGGACGCCCUAUCGUCAAUGGGAUCGAAAGUCCCUGCGACGAAUGGGAAUGUCAGUGACACGGAUAGCACCGCUAGUACCCCGAGUAGUGCCCGAAUAGCAGUCAAUGGGAUUGAACAAAAUACGACCGGAUCCAGUCUUCCAGCAGUAGUUGCAGUACCAGCUCCUCCCCUAGUAAUCAACAAUGGUAGUUUAGCUAACUGUAAUACCACCAGUAUUUCCGCCAACGCUGCUCCUGUUCGAUCAUCACCCGCCCUUUCCGGGUCAUCAUCAUCUGCGCCGACGAUUGCCAACGAACGUGUGAAGAAGUACCGACAUCAGCAUUUCAGCAAAAACAUCUACAUCGGAACCAAAAAUGCGGAGAAGUGGGACACUCUGCGUAAUUUGUUGCAGUUCAAGAACGAUGUUGAGUUUGUAUCAUUUCUGCUUCGUCUGGCCGAAGUGGAUGAUCGGAAACGGAAGAAUCGUGCCGCGAACGGAUUAACCAACGAGGAAUUCCCCCCGCCGGAAGACGAAUCGCCGCGGGAUGCCCUACCCAGCGUGCUGGCCAGCUCUAAACAAAAUGGGAAAUCUAGUACUAAGAAAACCAAACGAGUACAAUUUCAGGAUAGUGUAAAUAUUAUCAACGAUAACAAUACUAGUAGUACUCAACGGACCUCUGGUGGGGGUGGUGGAGGUGGUAUAUUCGACUUUCACGAAGAAGAAGACAACAACGAAGAUGGACCGGGAAUGGAAUUUCGACGCCGUCGACCUCGAUCUCAGCAACCGUUGCGAUCACCCGCUCCACCGUGUGACGAGGAUCGUAGAGACGAAGAAGCUGCGGCUGAUGGUGGGGACGAGGAUGAUGAGCAGUACAUAGUACAGAACAUAAUCAAGAAGCUACCCGGAAGGGUGGGACAAGCCAAUGAGGUGCAACAGGAUUCCAUUAGCAGUACGAUGGGUUCAGUUUCCGAGGAUUCGUUACAUACUGAAACGGAAGUGCUGGACUACCGUAUUGCUGAAAAGAUCAAGACAGAGUUGGAGGAGAAGCAAAAGCUUGAACGGAAGUGUUUCGGCGAAGAGCUACCGUCUACCUCCAACUACUCGGAGCAUUCCGAUCGACCAUCUGAUGACGAGGCUUUCGAUAGCAAACUAGAUAUUAAAAAGAUUGACAUUCGAAAGGCACCGUUCGAUCCAAAACUAGGGACGAGUCGAAAAAUGAAACGAGAGACGGGAUCGGUGGAUCUCCGUAUAGAAUACGAGGAACAAGAAUACGGACGGCUGACUCCGGAUGAGCGAAAGCCCUUACUACCGCCACCUAAGAAGCCUAGAAAAGCACCUACAACGAAAAACAAAGCCUGCACUGGAUGCGGAAUAAAGCACGGUACUGAUCCGUGUCCGUUAGAUACUCCCCUGGCAGUAAUCAAUAAUAAAAUCGAGCUUAAAGAAUGGUUAGAGCAGAAUGAUGAUCUAAUCAAGAAGCACAAAAUCGUGCUAAAACCUGAAAAUCCGGAGGAAAUGGAUGAUGAGAACGAUGACAAUUUCGACGAUGAAGAUGAUGAAGACGAAGGCGACGAAAAUGACGAAAAUCAGUUUGAAGAAAAACUUGAUAUUCUACCAUCGUUUGCCGAAACAUCUCUACCACCGGAGUUCGAGUUGCGCUUAGCUCCGCUAGCGACUAUGGUUAGCACGGCACCACCGGGCAGUAGUGGUACCAAUAGUCAACCGCCUACUAUGGAUCACAGUGAGUCAUCAUUAUCGGCCACAGCUGCGCAAAAUGAUCUACACCAGCCACCAACGGCCACGGUUACCAACACAGUCAACCAUGGGCUUAGUAUCCACACAAAAAUCUUCAUUCCAAAGUACACCCAACUGGGACCGGUCAUUGGACAAGUGACGAAAGAAACGGAAAUCCAAGAUGACUGUACCAUGCGAUACAUCUACGAAACGUUCGAUGGGAUCAAGUCUACCUACACUAACAUGGAAAAUAAGAACCAAGCAAAUUGGUUGAGAUAUUUGCGCCCAGCUAGCCAUCGGGAUCAAAAGAACUGUGUACUAAAAGUUCGCGAUACGCAGAUAGUGUUCGUAACCUGCACGGAUCUGGAUGUGGGAAGUGAGUUGCUUUACUGGAGUGACGAUUCGAACUCGGCUUGGGGGAAAAAGAAAAUGGAGAAAACGAACUGCGGCGGAUGUAAUUUACGAUUCGAUCAUCCACUGUACUACCGAACGCAUUGUUCCGUUUUUCAUGAUCCUUCGUUUAGCUUGACAAUUCGAAAGUACCACUGUAAAGUGUGCGGAAUCGCUGUGCUCGGGAAGGAGAAUAUCAUGAAACAUGCGGAGAAAAUGCAUGAUGGCAAAGGAGCGUAUCAGUGUCAGUUCUGUCAAAAGUUCUUCCUGCGGUUAAACUACUUGGAGAUGCACCGGACGUACGGCUGCAGCAUGAACCCACAGCGGGCCCGACCUCUGUGUGAUUUCUGCGGCCGAAAGUUCUGCCAGCCGCAAAAGCUCAAAGUUCACAUCAAACGAAUGCACAGCGAUAUGGCCGAGGUGCUGCGUGACUUCCAGUGUAAGCUGUGCUCCAAACUGCUAGGUUCGCGAGCAGCACUACAGCGUCACUCGAAGGAGGUCCACAGCCGGAACUCCGCCGUGGUAAGCUGUCCUCGCUGUCAGAAGCUCUUCCAAAACAGGAGCAACCUGAAGAUCCACAUGUUGACCCAUUCCGGUGUGCGGCCUUUCAAAUGUGCGGAGGGCGAAUGCACGGCAGCGUUUACGACUAAGCAGUGUCUUCAGUUCCACUACAAGAAGGUACACGGAUACACUCAGGAGCAGAUGCCGAAAAUUGAACGCAGUGUUGCGUACACCUUCGAUGCGUAUUCUGGGGGUAUGAAUGAUGGAUUGGUUGAUUUCCUUUUAGAUGGAAUACAACGACGACAGCGUCGGAAGUUGGAACCAGGUGAAGAGGGUCAACAAUCGCUGCAUGGAGUUGAAAAACGGAAACGCCAACCCAAGGAACUGUCCGGAAACAUUCUGAAGACGAAGAACAUUCUGGAAUCGUUUAAUGAAAUAUGCAAAAACGAUAGUAAUCUGUCACUGCUUUCCACGAAGAUAUCUUCGAUUUUAAAUGGGAAUCUAAAGGACUUUACCAAAGUACCCAGCGGGGUUUCAGGGUUGGACAGUGAUAUAGUGCGGAAGGAAGAACUGGAUGAUGAUUUGGACUCCAAUGAGUGCGCCGAACGUGACGAACGCUUAGAAGCAAUCCAACGGCAUUUGAAUCAACCGAUGCAGGACGACAAACAUGACGAUUUCAGCCAGUUGCAAUCCCGUUUGUCAAACAUAUCAGGUCAAAGUGAUCCAAAUUCACUACACUACAAGCUGAACAACGGUGAAGAUGAGAAGCCCCUCUCGGAUGGCGAUGGUUUCGGGGAUCUCAAUUCGCUGAACGCCAAUUCAAAGUACAAAGAGUUCCUUAAUGGUGGUAACCCUGGAUUGGUUAUUAGCAAAGGUAGCAAGAAAUGGAUCAGUGAUGGCGAUCACCUGCAUGACGAUAACAAUUCGGAGAAUAUGCUGACUGCGGCCGCUAACCGAGACUUUCUCACAAAACUGAUAAUGAACGGAAACGUUGGUCACCCUACUUCCCAAUCCAAUGCAGCUGACGACGAUGAAGACGAUGACGACAAUUCGACGAUAUUAGAUGUGGUCGAUUCCAACAAUCAGAAUCAGCAGAACGCUAAUGUACAUAACCACUUGCAGGCCCAGCAGCAACAGCAACAGCACCAACAUCAACAACAGCAGCAACAGUAUACGUCCAGUUUCGCGGGCCUGAACAGCUCACUACCGGACCUACCGACGUUUCAAAGUCAUAGUUUCUCGUCGCACUUCAACCAUCAGUCACUCCUGGGAAGUUUCUAUAACAAUAAUAGCGGAGUUUCCGGUCGAAAUGCCAUCAACACUAUACCGACCUCUGCCAGUAUGCUGGUGGAAGCCGCUCUGAACUCGGUGAGUAACAUUAUAAACGAGGCGGAGAUGAAUAACAGUAACAACGAAAAUCAAGAUCUACACAUGGGUGAUAUCGAUGGCACCAGUGGAACGGGAGCUGAAAACAAUCUAGCAACGGAUUCGUUUGCCACAAAUGAAGUCAACAAUACAGCGGACGAUAUGAAAAUGUUGAAGCCUCAUAACUUCCCACUGCAAAUGAAUUCGAUAUCACAGUUUUCAUCUCAAUCUCCGGAUGACUCAAGCCUAAUCCAGGAACGUAGUGAGAUAGAGGUUGCUCGACCGAAGUCGCGCGAUAAGCUUCCAAACUAUGGUGAUAGCGAACUGCUCGGUUAUGACAGUCAGCAACAACAGCAAUCGACGCCACACAAACACAACCCUAGCGUAGAAUCCGUUCGUAGCGCGUUGUCUCCGGAGCAGAAUGAUUUCAACUAUUCGAACUCUAAUGGGCCUCAGCGACAGCAUCAACAGAUAGCUACGAACUCCCCAGUGCGUUCUAACUCUCGCCAAAUAUACGGGGAGCACGAUCUCAUUUCACCAGCUUCUACGCCGUCUCUACCACGGUAUGAUUUCGGUGCCGAUAACAAUAACUACGCACGUAGACAAGAGAAGACCAUAAGUUCGCUGGCUUUGGAGAACUUUGAAGCAAAUCUGAAAGCAAACAGUCACCACAUGCAGCACUUGUCUAGUGAUGAGGAUAGCAGUAUUGUGAUUGCCGAAAAUCUGUCAGUAAACGCAAACAGUACGGACACGAAGCUGAAAAUGAACAGUCAUCCUUCAUCCGCAGACUUCAUGGCGUCUAAUUCGGGUGGGGCUGUUAGCAAAUAUGACACCGGUCGAAACAAUUUAGGAUCCGAAUUGUCAACCGACCUUCGACUAAAGUACAACACGGAAUCGAGCGUCGAUCUCCCCGAUUUUCGAUCUAAUGGUAGCUUGAAUGAAACUUCCGAUUUUCAGGGAUUAGAUAUGAGUUCUCGAGCAGGUCUCGCAUCCAGUUACUCCCACAGUAACUUUCAAGUUUCAUCGGCUGGAGCAAAUCUGAACUUCAAUCGAUAUCACCAUCACAUCUACGAUAUAUUGAACGAACGUGAACAACAUCAGCAGCAGCAACAGCAACAACAACAUCAACAGCAGCAACAAGAAUUUCAUUUACAGCAACAACAGCAGCAGCAACAACAGCAGAUGCAACACAUGAUACAAGACCAUAUUGGCCCAGAAACCGAACCCGACCAACCUGCAUCGGUUGAUUUGAGUCGUACGUCAAACUAUUUGGUUCCAUCGCCCCCAUCUCCAGCUCUUUCCUAUUCCCAUCCUCACCCGGAUAUGAUUCGCAUGGUUUCCUUGGAUCUAAGUUCGAACAGUGGUGGCAACAUGAUCGUAGGAAACACAUCUCAUCACGUUCGCCAUCCGUCAUUUCUAUCCUCGCAAAUCCAGCACUCCAACCGAGACUCCCUUCCCGACCACCACCGUCUACUUGCCAGCGAGCAGUUGGCUGCCACGAACCAUAGACUGCUGGUAGAUCCUACGGCCCAUUUGAUCUUCGAACAGAAUAACCGACUGCUGGCGGAAACGCCAGGCCCGGCACCACCACCUCCGAGGCACGUGGUUUCACCGCAACGAGGCUUCGGAGCUUACCAUCACCACCAUCACCAUCAGAUGGGCUCUGCGUCGAGCUAUCACCACCAUUCGGUCAAGCAGAACCUAACCUCUCCACCGUUGAAUCAGCAUGCGUCUGCUGCUGCCGCGAAUUACCAUCCCUUUCCCACUUACUAUUAAAGUUGGAUACGUUGGAUAAACAGCGGCCUCAAACGGCAUAUCGGCUACCUUGGACAUCUGGACAUUUGAAAUUCAGUCAUCUCUGUACCACGAUACCAGCAAAAUAGUUCAUUGUGCGCUAUGCAAGUGAUUUGGCCUGUACUGACGAGGUCGACUAGCGAGUCGACAUAAAAUGACAUUUUUCGUGACUAGCGUUUAAAAACUCUACAAGAUGACGACACGAAUGUAUCCGUGAUUAAUGAAGUUCAUGUUUGACAAUUGAAUACUUUACGGUGACGUCACAAAUAAAUUUAAGAGUUAAUUUUUGACAGUUCGCUUGUACUGUUUAUAUUGACAUUCUUGACGAUUUGCUUCGAGCGAAUCUAGUCGCCAACAAAAAAUUUCUUAGUUCAUGUAAACAGUACUAGUAAACUGUCAAAAAAGUGAGGUUAACUGUGCUAUUAAAGAAUCUAAUUCUCGGCUGUUUGUUUACAUUGUCCGUUGCGUGUGCUCGUGUGCAGCGGAUGUUUAUCGGUUGCAUUCGAACUUACGCAGCAAGUCACCGAGAAUCGUCAGACGAUGUUUCUUGAGCGUUUUUUUUUUCAAAAUGUCAUAUCUGCAAUGAGUUACUCUCUUUGUUUACUUUCUCUUCUGUUAAUAAUUCAGUCACUUUAACAUUUAUCCCUCAGCUCUUUGCAUAAUAUGCUAGUUAAAACCACCGUCUUUCGAUCUGUACUGUAAAAUAAGUGAAAAGUGUUAUAGUGACGCCGUAAAAAUCGAAAGAGAAAGUAAACAAAGAGAGUAACUCAUUACGUUUUGAAAAAAAGCUCAAGGUUUAAGUUCAUUUUAUAAAGUUAUGUUGAGUUUGCAUAAAUGUUCUUGAGCAAAAGGCGUUGAGGGAAAAGUGAGAGGUCUCGUAACGUUUUCGUUUUUCGCUACUACAUCGGUGUAUUUAAAGACGCUGAAUCCCUCUAGAUAAAGACUCGCCAUCUCUAUCGUUCGUUUACCAUUCAACUGUCAGUAUCAAUCCCAUCGAGCACGAGACCUGUAAAAAGCACUCUGAAUCCGAAGAAAAUCGUUUCGAAUCCUUCCGGAACGAGGGUCAAUGAGCUCUCGUGCUCGAUCGGAAUGACACUGACAGAUAAAUGGUAAACAAACGAUAGAGAUAGCGAGUUUUUAUCCAGAAAGAUUCAGCGAAGUUGUGUAUUGUAAACGGAUCAUAAGCUGAUAACACCCGAGUUAGAAUAGAAUACUUUACGCUGACGUCACAAAUGAACUCGAUGUUCAUUUUUGACAGUUCGCUUGUACUGUUUACAUGGACUUAGAAAAAUUCUUUGCGAUUUGCUACGAGCGAAUCUAGUCGUCGCAAAAUCUAGUCGUCGCAAGCGAAACCGAGUUCGCCCUAGCUCAACUAACCCGACAGGAUACGCGCAGAAAUCUGACAGGGCUGCCAAACCAAGACUUACAUAAAUCUAGCAGAGCGGUCUCUGCCAGAAAAUUUGCUCACUGGGAUAUUACAUGAGCAUUCAAUUCCCGUUAAAAAAGAAAUGGUGCCGAAUUGUUUCGUGACGAAAAAAAUAAAAAAUUAUUCUACAAAAACCGGUUGAGGUUAGGUACUUUAGUAAGCAAAGCAAACCAAACUCCUUUGGUUUAACUUUGCAUCUGUGGUUGUAAAUGAGCUGUUAGAAAUUUUAAUAGUAAACAUCACGUUAUGGUCACUUACCAGUCGACUUCUUCAGUAUGCGCCAACUAAAAUGACACUAGAAGGUGGAAAAAAUUGUCGGAUUGUCGCAAAAUUUGCAUUAAUUACAGCAGAUCCAUGUUUUGAUUAAGCAGGCCGAAAUAUUUGGCAGUCUGUCAAAGGAACUACGAACUGGAUACCGCUAGACGUCUUUUAUUCUUUCAUUAUCUCUAAACUGUUCUUUUUUCUUUAGGAGUACUGAAAGUACGCAUACGAAUCACACAAAUUAUACUAGGAGUAAAGAGAAACCAGAUAUUUAGUUACCAGAAAACAACUAACUAGCACAAACAAGGAGAACUAAUGCUGAUCUAGCUCAACAAGUAUUAUCUGAAGAAUAAACACACAAAAUACCCACCAGAAGAGGAUAUUGUAGCGAAAAUAAAGUACACAAAGUAGAGAUACCAGUAGCCUCAAAUCCGUUUACAACUCGUGAAACGAAGAAUAAUCUGUUAAAUGUCGCUAUUUAUCGAUAAAGACUAUACAUACAUAGUUUAGCAAACCAUCAAUCAUCGGAACUGUUUUUAAGUAACUAACUACACGUUUCAAUACUUUCCCCGUAUAAUUGUAUUUGGUGGAUGUGAGCUCCACAUUCAAAAUAUUUGUUGUAUUUAUAAAAUCAUCGAUCAAAAAAAACAAAAUGUCAUAGAAAAAGGUUUUACAAAU